AUUUAAACCCUCUCUCCCUCCUCUUCUUCCUCGCCCAGCUUUUCUCCUUCACCAUCACACAAUCAACUCAGGAUCUUCACUGCCAACUCCAAUCAACAAUCAACAAGCCCACCUCUGCAAUCUUUGCAUCAACCACCACCAACUUCACAAUGGAGACCGUCAAGAACGCCGCCAACUACGUCUCGGACAAGGUCCAGGGUACCACCGCCGGUGCUUCCAAGGAGGCCAACAAGGAGGUCGCCAAGGACGGCAACGCCUCGGUCGGCACUCGCUUCGAGGCUGGCAAGGAUGCCAUCUCCGACAAGGUCGAUGAGCACAAGCACGACACCUCCGCCGAGGUCAACAAGCAGAAGGCCACCCACUAAGUCUGCCUUUGCAGCACCCCACCAACCAUGACACUUCGGCGAUGCACAGGGACGCACUGCCCUCGCAGCUUUGGGAAGGCGUUUCGGGUUCUUCUUUACGACGAGUGAGGGAACGGGAUACAGGACAACAUAGCAUGGUUAGGAUUUGGGAUCGUCGCGUUCUUGCAAUACCCUAGGAGCUGUUCAGCUAGACCUAUAAUCAAGACCGACAUACAAGAGUACAACAAUUGCCAUUAUGUGAAUGUUUGCCUUCUGGGUGUGAAUAAUAUGGCAUAGCAAGCAAGAAACCGGCGACUGCCUCUGCUCAGUUGC